CUGCAGACUUCUGUCAGGGCAGGACUGGAGGGCUGAGGUGCUGUGAUCCAGAACUCAGGUCCCAGCCUCGUCUCCUGAAAGAGAGGGGCCCUGGCUCUGCUCACGUCCCUGGAACACCGCAAGGAGAACUGAGUCACACUGGUGGAAGAAAAUACAGUGCAGAGGAUUACACUGAUCUGGCCUAGAGCUUGUGACAAAUUCUGCUUGUCAUCAGAGAAUCUGAAGACAGGACAGGACCCAGCUCUGUGCCACUUACAGGACAAAGCUGACCCACAAUCGGAGAAAGGGUCACAGCUUCCUGAGAAUAUAAUCUGCUUUGAUCCCAGCGAAUCUCACAGACUCAAAAGCUCCUGCUCCUGCUCUGCAGACUUCUAGCUGGGCAGGACUGGAGGGCUGAGGUGCUGUGAUCCAGAACUCAGGUCCCAGCCUCUUCUCCUGAAAGAGAGGGGCCCUGGCUCUGCUCACGACCCUGGAACACCGCAAGGAGAACUGAGUCACACUGGUGGAAGAAAAUACAGUGCGGAGGAUUACACUGAUCUGGGCUAGAGCUUGUGACAAAUUCUGCUUGUCAUCAGAGAAUCUGAAGACAGGACAGGACCCUGCUCUGCUCCACUUACAGGACAAAGCUGACCCACAAUCGGCUGGUCUUUGUGUUUGUUCCUACCUGUUCCUAGCAACAUGGCAAGCAUAUUUGAGCAGGCUUGCAAGAACAUGAUCAAAGACCUUGGAGGCAAAGAUAUGCGGCCUGUCACGUGUGCACUGGAUGCCAACAAAUUCCGUCAGUUUAGUUUAAUACGGAAGAAACCUCAGUUUUUUAUUUGGGAACAUCCUGAUGACUUUCCAGUUGGAUAUUCUCUCAUGCAAAUUCUGGAACCAAAUUCUUCAAUCCCAGACUCUGAAAUAACUAAACCACUUUGCAUCAUGAACCUUGGUGCUAACAAGAUGCAGGCCGAUGUGGGCAUCCAUGCUGGUGUGGAAGCGAAUGUGUUAGCAGAGGUCUCUUCAUCCCAUGGAUCCACAUUAGAGAUUCAGAAUGUUAGCAUCCGAAACCAGGAUCUGGAAAACCUUCAAAACAGGAAACUGUUGGACCCAGAGCCCUCGUUUUUGAGAGAGUGCCGAAGGAGAGGGGACAACCUGUAUGUGGUGACAGAAGCUGUUGAACUGACCAAAGAUAGUAUCCUGUAUGACAACGGCAGUGUGACUAUUUCAGGGAUGUUGUCUUCCCCUCAGUUUACUUUUAUCAAGGGUGGAGGCCAGUACCAAGGUCGGAGUGCGACCAAAAUGACCGUCCAUCGUGGCAUGGUGAUGGCCUACAGGAUGAAGAAGCUGGUCAUCAAGGACAAACACUGCAGUAUCCUUGUGAUCGAUGACAAGAAACAGAAGACCUUUCAGCAAGAGAAACCACAAAUGAUAAUCAUGCAUUCUGCUCCAAUAAAUCCUGGAAAUGUGGUAUAUUGUGCUGGCACAACCAGGAAGUCUUCGGAAAGUUUGUUUGUAAGAGAAACACCCAAGCAGUGGACAGAACUCCACAGUGAGCAGGAACCCACGGGAGAGCUGGAUUUGAGCCUCAUCCUUCCACUUGGAAGACUAGAGGAACCCUUUGGGCAAGAUUUCCCUUUCCUCCAAGACGAGGUGUCUGGAAAUGUGGAGGCACUGGCCCAGGUCUCAAAGGACCAAAGGGCCGUCAUACUCCACAGUAUCCUGUCCAUGCUGGGGGACAGAGAGGCACUUAAGGACCUGUUGGAUAAGUUGGAAAUGGAAAACCUGGGCCAUCUGGAAGGGCCUGGUGGCAGGCUCCUACAGGAGCUCCGACAGGAAGCAAGCCCUCGCUGGGUUGACCUAGAGCACCUCACUGUUUACCUCCUGGAAGUCUUAAUGGUGCUGAGUGAUCACCAGCUGCUCCUACUGGUGCAAUCUGUGGAGAAGAGGAUUCUGCUUCCGCAGCGAGAGCUGGUGAGGAGCAUCCUAGAGCCAAACUUCAAGUACCCCUGGCACAUCCCCUUCACCCUCCAAGCAGAGCUCCUUGCCCCACUCCAGGGAGAGGACUUGCAGCUCACCUAUGCCCUGCUGGUGGAGUGUGACCUCAAGAUGGCGCUGGAGAGCCGCCGGUCAACCUGGCACCUGGGAGCCAAGAAGCCCUUGUCUGCCCUCUAUGUGGCCCUGUCAGUGCUGCUGAAGCUGGCUGAGGCCUGAGUUCUCCCUGGAGGCCAUCAGUCCUGGGAGGCCUGGCCCACCCCAGCCCAGGCUCUGGGAACCCUCAGCAGGCUGGGAGCCUGCUCCAAGCCUCUUUGCUCCCCAUGGUGUGUAGAGACAGGGACUGGGGGAGACUGGAGGGAGUGCUCUAGGGUGCUGACAAGGAUUAAUAAAUCUUUUAAACACCUCAAA